AAAAACAAGCAUUUUUUGUGCAAAGAAAAGUUGAUGCUACGGUUUAAAGUGGUUUGUUCGUUUCUGAAUUGAUAAACGUUUUACGUUACUAAGAUAAAUUUUAUCUUAAGUUUGUUUGUGUUGCGUAUUGAUAGUAAAUAAAACAUGUCAAAUCCAAGUACAGUUGGAUUGGCAUUAUAAUUUUCCUAUAAAUUUAUUCCCAGACCUUGUGUAUCCUGUUUAUUAUGCUUCCAUAAAAAGAGAUAUUUACGAAACAAGAAAUGUUUAUGGUAUAAAAAUGGAUUCCGGAACUGAUUGGUUAUGUGAAAUUUUACAAAAUGUACAACUCGAACAAUUUUAUUUACCCAUCCGCGAUCAACUACAAAUCACUAGGCUUGCACAUUUUGAUUAUGUCCACACUGAAGAUUUAGAACGAAUUGGUAUAAGCAAACCUGGUAUUCGUCGACUACUAGAUGCUGUACGAAAAAAGAAAUUGCAAUUAUGGAACAGGAAAUUUUGGAAUAAACUCUUUGGCUCUUCAGGUUCAGUUUCAAAAGAAAAGACAGAGAAUAUAUUAAGACCUCAACCACAGACUGAAGCUAGAACUACAUGCAUUAUAUUAGAAAAAGAUAUUGUAUUACACAAUGAGUUAGGAAAAGGAUCAUUUGGGGUAGUACGCAGAGGUGAAUGGAAAGUCUCGGAACUAAAUCAAACCAUAGCUGUAGCAGUUAAAGUCUUAAAGGCAGAUGCAUUUACACAGCCUGGAAUAUAUGAUGACUUUAGAAGAGAAGUAGAGGCUAUGCACAGCUUAAAACACCCUAAUCUCAUAAAGUUACACGGUGUAGUCUUCCAUCCAUUGAUGAUGGUCUGUGAAUUAGCAACAAUGGGUGCUUUGCUUGAUUAUAUUAGAGCUCAAAAUGGAAAAGUGUCGUUGAACUACAUAUCAAAAUGGUCGGGACAAGUUGCAGCUGGCAUGGCUUAUUUGGAGAAAAGCAGAUUUCUACACAGAGAUCUUGCAUGUAGAAAUAUUUUAUUGUCUAGUUUAGAUCUGGUUAAAAUAGGUGAUUUUGGUUUGAUGAGAGCAUUGCCAGACGCAGAUGAUUGUUAUGUGAUGAGUGAGAGACGGCGUGUGCCAUUUCCCUGGUGUGCGCCAGAGUCCUUGAGGUCGCGACAAUUCUCACAUGCAUCGGAUGUUUGGAUGUUUGCGGUUGCAUUGUGGGAAAUGUAUACUUUUGGGGAUGAACCUUGGAUAGGGCUAAAUGGUUCGGAGAUAUUGCGUCUGAUAAUGCGCGAAGGACAGCGUUUAUCGGCUCCCGUGGCCUGCCCACCUGACGUCUACAUGUUGAUGAUGCAGUGCUGGGACCUAAACCCAAAAGAACGACCGACAUUCUCCGGUAUAUUACAGUAUAUGGAUGUGAAUAAAUUCGAAACUGCUCUUGCUGAUUUAAGCUACAGAAAGCAAGGUCAGAUGUCAAUAGAGGCAGGCGACGCCAUUAUUCUGAUUGAUAAACGUAUCGAGUUGCAUUGGUGGAAGGGGCAGAAUCAGCGAACACUAGAAAUUGGAUUAUUUCCUAGUACAAUCGUAACAGUAUCGAGGAAUAAGAAUGUCCAAGCUGUCAAGAAAGCUCAAACAUUGUCGCCGAGCAGACGAAAUUCUACCAACACUCCACCAGUGACGGCAGAUGAAUCUGUGAUCCUUCGCAAGCGCAGAACGAUAGAAUCGACUCAACCGACGACAACACGAGCCGGGAACAACGCUAGCAAACACUUCAACUAUAAUAAACUUACGAAUGACAGGACAUUGCAGAAUGAAAGGAAUGCGAGGGCAGCCAGAGACAACCAGGCGAAGAGCCUGAGUCAAGUGAAGGAAGACCUCCUCAUUGACUUAGACCUUCCGCCGGUGACAGGUGGCGCCACUAAAUCAGCCAAUCAGAAUCUCUCGUUACUCGACGAACCCAUUGAUGUACCUGAAGUUGGACAAGAAGCGGACUGGGGUCAGCAAAGUAUAGAAAGCCUUCCCACCUAUUCAUCCAAUGUCCAAACCCAACCGAAUCUAUUUGGUGCUAAAUCAUUAGACAAUCUCAAUUUUUCCACGCCUAGUACAUCUAUACGAAACGACCCAUUCGACACGUCACAAUUCUCAAUAUCCAGACCUUACGAUACUCGACCGAAUUAUGAUAUAAAUGAUACUCAAGAAUCUCAUACCUAUCCCAAUCUAAGUUAUAAUAACGCCGUAUCCACUCAUACAAAUCCCAAUUCGGAUUUAAGUGUGACAAAUUCCUUGGCCCAAAUCUCAUUAGACGAUAGAAUAUCGGACUCCCUGAAUCUCAGAUCGAAAAACACGAAUCUUCAAAACAGCGGUCCCUCUACGUCUGACGAUUUUCCUGUGUACAAUAACUUCGAUAUUAACCCGGAGUUUGCGUUGGAGACCUUUGAUUAUUACUCGAAGUCGAAUAAUCAGAGCGCAAAUUACGAGAAGAACAUAUACGUGCCGAAUGAUGAGAGCGAGAAAUUGAGGAAUUUCAGCGAACAGCUGGAGAAUUCCAAGAAUUAUUCGGCUUUUAAGUAUCAGAAUGAUUUGGGGUAUGGGUACGGGGCGUCUACGUCUCGACGGGGUUACGACGAAGUGGGCGAUAACGUGUAUAGUGAAAUCGAGAGUCGGUACUACGCGCCUACGUAUACGAACGCGUGCUUGUACGACGAAGUGUACGAACCGACGCCCAGACCGCAUCGACCUGCGCCGCCUUGCCCCUCCAAACCGAAAUGAUCUGGUAUUUUUUUUAAUUAAUAGUAUGUCACAGUAGUUCUAUCAACGUAUAGUUCGAUCGUCUUGGUACUUGAAAAAAAAAAUUGUGAAUAAACGACGCGUAGGAAAUAACAUUUUUGUGUGUUCUCAUAGCUAUUUUUAUAUUUAUACUAACUUUUAUGUUUGACUUCCGUUUUCAUUUAUCCUGUCUUUGUAGUGUUUAUAUAUGUUUCUUACUAAUGCCGAUGUUUUCUCAUGUUCUUCAAGCUACUAUGUGGUGCUUCAAAUACUUUCUGUUUGGUUAUUAACAAAAAACGAACUAUUUAAAAAUUAAUGAAUCUUAUUUUGACACAACUAUUGAGGGUAAUUAUUUAAAUUCGAGGGUAGGUCAAAUCGUGGUAAAGCUAUGUUAAAAACUUACCUUGCCUCCAAAAGUAUUCAAUGUAAUUGGAAGUGAGACUUUAAAACGCCGCGGCCGGCGAGUCUCGUUAGUUUGUGAUUGGUCUAACGGAACAAUACAUUAGCUUGGUUCUAGUCUUAAGAUUUUGUUCGUUUGUGAUUACUCUAACGGAUUACGUAACAAUGAAUAGAAAGCAAAUUUAGUUUGAAAAAUGUUAAUGAAACUACAUCGUACGUUUUUUGCCCAUACAUGGCGAGAGAAAAUGCACUUUUAAUAAGAGAAAAUCUACUUCGGCGCAGCUGAUUAUAUUGGAAAAGUUAUACAACACCCCGACUUAUACCUCGCAUUUCUUUACUCGUGACUAACUUCGGAGCAGGUAUACGUGAUAUUCUGAGUAUAGUUUCAGUGCUAAAGUUUAACUUACGUAUGACACUCAAUAGCUGAUUUAUAGGAGUGGUACGUAGUCGAAAUAAAAAUGUUUCUUCGGUAAAGACAUUAGAAAUGAUAUUAUGCCUACAAAUACGACAAUUAUUUUAAAGAAUAUGUAUUGAAGUAUUGUAUUUUUUGAGAUUAUUUUAAUACUAAAAAAGUUUAAGUUGUGGCAAUUCGCUAAGAAUUUUUGUUAAAAGGUUCUUGUAUCUUCCUGGAUUUUUGUCUCGUAUUAAGACAGUAUAAAGUAAUGAAACUGUAACAAAUAACAGGCAAGUGCAUGAACUAUUUUAAAUAUAAAAAUAUUAGAUUUAUUGAAAUUUGUUUAAUAUUCGGACUACGUCUUUUUGUAAAGCUAACAAAUUGACGCGCAGAAAAAACAGCCAGUCAGGUGGAACAUGUAUCUUUAGUAUAGACAAUAAUUUAUAUUAUGCCUUCCAAUACGACACUUAUUUUAAAGAAUAUAAUAUAUUGAAGUAUUGUAUUUUUGAGAUUAUUUUAAUACUAAAACAUGUUCAUAAUUGAUGUAUAGCUAAUGAAAGUUAUGGCAAUUUGCUAAGAAGGCUAAUAAUAAUGUAAUUGAGAGGUCUAACGGAGCAAUAGAUUAGCUUGUUUCUGGUCUUAAGAUCUUGUUCGUUUGUUUAACGGUCUUGGUCUAAUGGAACAAGAGAUUUGUUUGUCUCUUGACUAAAUAUAUCAUUCGUUUUUAAGUGGUCUAACGGAACUAUAGAUAAGCUUCUCUCCGGUCUAAAAAUCUGUUUUGUUUACGUUUGGUCUAGCCAAAUAAGAGGUUUGCUUGUCUCUGGAUUAAAUAUAUCAUUCUUUAACGGAACAUAGAGAAGCUUGUCUCUGGUCUAAAGAUCUUGUUCGUUUGUGAUUGGUCUAACGGAACAAUAGAUAAGCAUGUCUCCGAUCUAAAAAUCUUGUUUGUUAUUGAUCUAACGGAACAAGAGAUUAGCUUGCCUGUAAACAAAAUAUAUCGUUCGUUAUUAAUUUGUAUAUCGGGUUUAUAGAUUAGCUUGUCUUUAAAGAUAUUGUACGGAAAAAUGCGGCCGCGUUUCGCCUUCCACUGUUAGUUUAUCGGUGCCUCUUUAUGUACCUGCCUAAGUUUGAAUGUUUAUUUUUAUAUAGAUAUAACUCGAAUUUGAUAUUUUAGUUUAAAUGUAAAAAUGUACAGUAUUGUAAGUAAUUAUUGGCAGUUUUAAUACCCAUACGUGUGUAUAACGCUUAUAUCACAAUAAAGAGAUUCUUAUGAUU